UUGUCAAAGAUUGUUGUCCAUAUUUUCCGCAGGGACUGGUAUACAGUAAGUCUACUUUUGAUGGUAAAUGUUUCUUGUUUUGGAUGGGGAAAAUUAGGGAAGCUGGAACGGGGCGCAUGAAGGAAACCAGGAUGAACAUGGAGAACCUGAGUAAGCCAGAGCUGCUGACACUCUUUAGCAUCCUGGAGGGGGAGCUUGAGGCCCGGGACCUGGUGAUCGAGGCUCUGAGGGCCCAGCACAGAGAUGCCUUCGUGCAGGAGCGCUACGGAAAGUAUGACCUGAGCGACCCGUUCCUGGCGCUGCAGCGGGACAGCGAGGCGGUGAGGGGACAGGCCCCGGGGGAGCGGGCAGCCCCCGCCUGCCCAAACCCAUUGGCCGUGCUCAAGCUGGUCAUGUCCCACUGCAAGCGGAUGCAAGAGAAGAUGAUGGCCCAGCUGGCCGCCGCCGAGAGCCGCCACAGAAAGGUCAUUGCAGAUUUGGAGGAGGAGAAGCGCCGGCACGCCCAGGACACAGCGGAGGGGGAUGACGUCACCUACAUGCUGGAGAAGGAGAGGGAGAGGCUCCUGCAGCAGCUGGACUUUGAGAAGGCCCAGGUCAAGAGGCUGGAGAAGGAGCAGAAGAAACUGUCCGGCCAGGCGGAGGAAGACCGGGCCCAACACAAGCAGCUGUCCUCUGCCCUGGCCAAGGAGUGCAAGCGGGCGAGCGCCCAGGCCCAGGAGGAGGGCCAGCGCGUGGCGGAGCUGAGCCGGCGGUUGGAGGAGGAGCAGGGAGUGGCGCAGGCCCUGCGGGCGGAGCUGGAGGCAGAGCGGAGGCGGGCGCUGCAGAUGGAGGCACGGGCGGAGAAGCAGCUGGCGGAGUUCGACACGGAGCGUGAGCAGCUGCGGGCGCAGCUCAAGAGGGAGGAGGGGCGCUGCCGCGAACUCCAGGAGGAGGCGGAGACUCUGAGGAGGGCACAGGGGAGGGGCGGGGUCGAGGAAGCAAAGACCCCACCCAGGAAGUCUACGCUCGCCUCCACUGCCAGCCAGACCGAGCACUGGGAGAGAUCACCUGCCAAAGCUUCCACCCCGCCCAAAAUGAACGGGCACCACAUCUCAAAGGAGUCCGAGGCAUCCACGGAGAAGACCAGCCAGGAGAGCGUUGUGGAGAAUGGGGGCCUCCACUCGCCAGUGCACCCCCACCUGGGCCUGUCCCCCAGCAGCCCAGCGUCGUCCUCCCUCACCUCCUCCCCCUGCUCUUCCCCCAUCCUGGCCAAACGGCUGGCUGGCAUUGCCAGCACUGGCUACCAGUCCUCCUACCAAGCUGGGAUCAACCAGCGCUUUCAAGCUGCCCGCCACAAGUUCCAGACGCAGGCGGAGCUGGAGCAGCAGCAGCAGCAUCAGGGCGGAGGCAGCGGCCCGCACUCGCCCCGUGACCUCUCCCCCACCACCACCCCGCCCCCCGAGAACAGCUCCGCCAAGCAGCUGGCCCGCAACACUGUCACCCAGGUGCUGUCACGCUUCACCAGCCAGCAGGGCGGCGCCAAGGCACCCGCCCCCAACAGCUCGCCCUUCGGCACAGACUACCGCAACCUGGCCGCUUCCUCCCCGACCAGCAAAGCCUCAAGCCCCCUAUCUCCUGGCAUCAAGUCCCCCACCAUCCCCCGAGUCGAAAGAGGCCACCCUCCCCCCAUCCCCCCGAAAAAGCCAGGCCUUUCCCCUUCCCCAGCCUCCCCGGGCGCCCCCUGCAGAGCCAGCCACUUCCCUGAGCUCUCCGGCAGCUGCGGCCUCAACAGCACACAAGAGGGUGCCAAAGAGAUGGACCUGCUCAUGCCCUCUACCAGCUAACCGCUGGCACUCCCCAGCCCUCUCCACUGUCCAGCACGGCCGCACUCCCCAUGGCUAGUUAGAGGCAAUCCCUAAAACACUGUGCAACUUAUUUAUUUCAUAUUCCAUUGUUUUGUCAUUUUAAUAGAUUAAUAGAGUCUCAUUAAAAGCCUAACUGUGCUAUAUUACUGCCGUUAGAGGUGUUUAUGUUUAUAUUCCGUCAUGUGGUUUUGAUUGACAUCUGAUGACACAACUGGUGAAAAACCUCAUGCCUAUGACCUAAAACUAUGAAGCACUAAGUAAGGACUUCCAUUCUGGUGGCUGAGUCACUAAAAGGCAUGCCCAGCCUCCCCUGAGCUCCUGCUCUGUAAUUUUAGCAGAGCAACAUAUUCCGCCUCAGCCACUUUUCCCCAUCUUUGCGAACAUUAUAAAAAAGUCUUCUUGCAGAAAGCAAUCAGGGAAGCUAUUAUGGAGAGGAAAUUGACAGAGCAACUGUAAAUUUCAGACGCCUCCUUCCCACCCAAAGCAAUAAACACUAUCCAAAGAGUGAGUCACGGUGCGAAGAGAAACGGCUGAUCUGAAGUACACCCGCUUUUUCCAGCAGUGUGCUGUAAUUACACUGUGGCUAAACUCCCAUUAGCGUGAGAGAUGGUGACUGGUUGGGAUCCCAGCAUACGCAGCUGUUGCAGCUGUGCCUCCCCGUAUUAUGUGUGGUAUCAGCUCGGCAGCACACCACUUUUAAGGUAGCGUAUUAUCUACAGCUGGGAAUACCUGUAGCACUUGCGUCAUGUAUUAUUCAUACAGAUCAUUUAGUGCUGAGCCAGGUCUGGGUAUUAUGUAACUCACUGCAGGGGAAAGCUUUGGGUCUGAACCAGUCCCGAAACCUCCCUUGCUCCCUGCUUGAAAUGAAUCGGUUGCACUGGGCUGAUGAUGUUCAGAGGCUCAACCUACUGUACUGUACUGAUGCAAAAGCACAAAGCUGCAACUGUUCCAGCCUCCGCUACACAAAUCUACGGUGGGAUGUGGGUCUGUGCCGAUGGUUGGUGUAGGCUACUGAUGGCAAGCACAAUUCUUACGAGGGCAGCGCUGUGUAUGUGCAGGUUUUUGUCACAGCCAGUGUCCCUAGAUUAAUUGGCUCAGUUUCUUAGCUGACUGCAUACAUUUACAUCCACGCAUUUCCCAAAUCCCACUGCAGUGAAAUGUUUACUGAGUACAGACACAGUUACAGGCAGGGUAUAUCAAUUUGCCAAAAUGGUAAAAUGUCAGACUGAAUUAAAGAUUUGGAUGCAGAUGCUGCUAAAACCAGCAUAGCCCUCUGAGAAUCUAGUUUGAUGCCUACUGUUCAGAUGGUGAAAAACGUAAAUGGCGCCCUCUUCUGCCCCAGUAAAAUAACGUUUGAACGUUAAGAGGGGAGAACCUUCUGGAGAAUACCGCUGUCCUUUUUGGCCGUGAAAUUAGAGGCUAUAUUUGGUUUCGGUGACUUGGAGUCAAAAGUCAUUGAGAAUUUUCAUUGGUGAAGAAUACAUUUGCACACACACCGCUUCCACUUCACCAGUGUCAUAACAAGGUUAUUACAAACCAAAACCAAGUGUCUGCAUUUUCAUUCCAGGGACUCUGUCAAGACCAGGAAUUUACUUUUAUUUCCUUCAAGCACUGUUUAUUUCAAUGCCUUCUAAAGCACACUGCAUAUGAUAUGAAAAUGGCACUCUUGUUCAGGAAGGCUUCACAAACUGCCCAGGGAGUAUUAGUGUUUUGGACCAAAUCAUCUGACACUGUUUUUGUUGUUUUGUGUUAUGUGCGUGGACAUGGGUGCAUGGAUGGGCUCGUUAGUAAACACACUGAACAUUCGCAUUGCGACAGCUCCCUCAAGCACAUCAUAAGAUGUAUUUACAAGUACGUUGCUAUUAUCUAAAAUUUUAUUCUAAAUUUUAAAGUGUAUAUUAAAGUUCAUUUUUAGUUUAUGCUGACAAAGUUCACCUGUGAUGAUGUAAUUCAGUUGGGACUUCUAUUGGACAAACUCAGAGCACAUUUCGCAUUUGAUGCUGUAGCUUUGGUUUGGCAGCUGCAUAAUUUCAUAAAGGAUCUUGCUCUUUGUGGGCUAUGCAGGCCACAUACAUGCAAGUAGUCUGGAUUAGUGAAUCUCAUGGGAAAUGUAGAUCUGGUAAUUGUUUAUAAGGGAAUUGCUGGCCUGUUACUGUUGCCUUUGUCAUGAACACCUUGUAUUGUCAUAUGUUUCAGUCCAUCUCUCUGCAGCCAUAGAUGAAACAUGUGUUUCCCCCUCUCUGCUGGCAGGGGAGUGCCACCAUGCACCUAGAGUAAAUAGCAGUUAGGAUGUUUUUCCACUAGAGGGCGAGCAAUGCCAGUGAAGCUGCUCAACAGUACAGUUUAUUCUGCCUGUUUUAAUUAAGCGCUGUGUAAAUUUUAGGAAUAAUUAUGACCACCAGCAAUAACUAUGCCACACACGUUUUUGGUGGGAAGUUGAACGAGAAGUCAGUGGGAGGAGUUUACAUGCGACCACUGCUGCCAAACACCCUCUCCCAUCACCUUCAGUUCUCAGAGGGCUGCAAACCCAUGGACUUUACCUCAACACGGAUGGUUCCAGAAAUGUGCACAUGCUUGACAAAAACAAUGUACGCAUCCAGAAAGCGAAGGGAUGCCUGUAGAAAUUUACUAUAAAUGGAGGUGAGGCUUGUUUGCUGGGAUUUCUUCUUCAUCUGUCUUUUUAAUGUUCUUUCCAUUGUAUCUGUCUAACAAUGACUGUAUUAACACCUGCUCCCAGUGUGUUGGCUUGAAUACAUGAUUCUUUCAAUGCUCUGGUGUCAUCCUUCACACCCAGUUUACAAAAAGCGUACUUAGUAUUUGGAAUGAUAAAGUACGGGAAGAAGAAAAAAUCUCUGAACAUUUCCAGUCAAUUUUCCAUGAUUGCAACAUGACUGUAGACACUAUGACAUGAGAAAAGUGAGAGAGAUUUAUUCCAAACAAUAAUAAGGGAAUUUAAAUAUAUUUUUAAAGCCAUAACACUGUAAACACUCAAAUUCCUGUUCAAUCCCCAGGACUCUCCAGACCACGCUUACUGUGUGUGGAGGAACUACAUUGUAUGUACAAAAAUGAGAAGAAGGAUGAGAUUUCUGAAAUGUUUUUAAUUCAUCUAAGUUGACACAUUUUGGACUGUGGUUAAGUCCAGACUGCACUUGAAUUAUGGGGAUAUGUUUUGAUGUCGCUUGGUUUGUCAAACGAAUAUUUUUUAUCCUUUUUCUAAAGAUGAAACAUGUAUCUUAGAUUAACAUUUAUUUGAUUUAUGAAAUAAUUUUGUGCACUGGCUGAGCACCUGUAUCAGAGCAAUAAAAACACUGUUUUCAUAUGCAUUAUGAUUCACACCAUGUACUAAUACUUGUCCCUUUAUUGCUGCUUUUCCUAUUGUCCACAGGCUAAAGAGGAUUCCAUAUGUAUAAAUAUGCAACUUCAAGUGCCUCUGAAAUUGCAUGAUGAACGUGAAUCUAGAUUUGAAUCUAGAGAGACACAACUGCCCUCUACUGUACUUCACCCUUAAAUGCAACCUCCAUUAUCUAAUAAAUGUCAUACAAGGAAAAA